AUGGAAGGUGGGGAUGAUGAUCAAAAGCAGAAAAAUUCAUCGUUUGUUAUACAAAUUCCAUCUUACGAACAAGUGAUUGAGAGCUCUCAAUCGAAAACGAUGCCGCCGUCUCUCUUUAACCCUUCCACGUCUUUUUCUCAGGCUUUCAAUUUUAUUAAAAAUUCCGAUUUCUAUACACCUCCUCCUCCUCCUCCUCCUGUGCCGCCGGCGGACUCUUCACCUUCCAAUACUCCCCCUCCGAGGCAAUCGGAAGUUCCGGCUUCCUCAGCUUCGGCAUCUGGUGUGAACCGGAAUGCCAUUCUUGUAAGCCAUAGACAGAAGGGGAACCCUUUGCUAAAGCAUAUAAGGAAUGUGAGAUGGGCUUUUGCUGAUGUUAUUUGUGACUAUUUGUUGGGCCAAAGCACAUGUGCUCUUUAUUUGAGUCUUCGGUAUCAUCUACUCCAUCCAGACUACCUGUAUUUUCGGAUAAGGGAACUGCAGAAGAAUUUCAAGCUUCGUGUUGUUUUGUGUCAUGUUGAUGUGGAAGAUGUUGUUAAGCCGUUACUUGAAGUCACAAAAACAGCUCUACUUCAUGACUGCACUCUUUUAUGUGGUUGGAGCUUGGAAGAAUGUGGUCGAUACUUGGAGACAAUUAAGGUUUAUGAGAAUAAGUCUGCUGAUCUUAUUCAAGGGCAAAUGGAUUCAGAUUAUCAGUCACGGCUAAAUCAUGCUCUUACAGCGGUACGACAUGUUAACAAGACAGAUGUUGUUACUCUUGGGUCUACAUUUGGAUCCCUUUCUCAUAUUAUGGAUGCAUCAAUGGAAGAUCUAGCUCGUUGCCCAGGCAUAGGAGAACGCAAGGUAAAACGCUUGUAUGAUACUUUCCAUGAGCCUUUUAAGCGAGUUGUUCCCUACCACCCUUCGGUUACUGAAACUCCGAUCCAAGACAAGGCUGGACCUAGCUCUGUCAAUGAAAGCAAUGACAAUGAUGAGGAGUUUCAGGAUGCAAGCAAACGGAGGAAGAAAGAAUCAGAAUUAAGUGUCAAAUCAGCAUUACAGGCAGCUUUUGCAAAGUAUUCGGGUAGAAUUGGUAAAAAGAGCAACAAACUACAACAGGAUGAGGUAGAGAAGGAAAAUGUUGAUGCUGAGCAUGCAAAUAACAGUAAGGAGUGUGCCGGUUCAACUGAGAUCUUAUAA